AUGGUUGCAGAGACCAUGGGGAUCUGGCUGUGGAUUGUACCGGACAAAUAUAAGGUAAGCAACAAUCUUGCUUUUUACGGUAAGAUAAAAAACCACAUGAAAUUACCCUAAUCCCAGCGUUUAGGACUGAGAUCAAUAUGAACAUUGCAUUAGUAACGCAAUGUGUAUGGGUUCGAAUCACGCUGUAUGGUUGAUAUUUUCCUCACUUCACGAAAAAUUAGAUUUACACAAAUUUGCUCGGGGCAAAUAUGGUGCAAAGAAGUGCAAACGAGGAGGAAAUCAAAGGCAAAGAUAGUAAAUACCGCACUUGCAUAGCGGUUUACAUGGGGCUGUAAAAUUCGUGAGCAAAUGCGAUAUUUACCAUCUUUCCCGUUGUUUAACCUUAGUUUACACUUUUUUGCACCAUAUUUGCACUAAGUAAAUUUGGUGUAAAUCAAAUUUUUCAUCUACGUUUUUUUUACAUUUAGUUUUAUAGACAACCACUUUUAAGGAGCUUUAUGGGACGGAUUAUCUAUCGCUGUCGUCUCUUGAAAAGACCAUAAAAUGAGCAAUUGCCGGUAAAUUCAGAAAACUGUUAACAACCGAAAAAUGUACGGGAUGUAAUUGUACUGUGUCGAAAGGAAAACCUUCUUUUUUUCGCUAUGAAAAAUUUCAGCAGUAAACGGCAACUAUAAUUAGUUUGUGGUAUUAAACGUUUGUCCACGUAUCCUAAACUUUGUUGUAACUACACAAUCAACAUUCCCUCUUAAUUAUUUCAGGAGUUCACGGUUUUGACGGUUUUCUGAGUUUGCCGGCAGUACAACGUAUUGACUUAUUAUCGAGGAAAAAAUCUUUCGUACUAAACUGCAGCUUAACUUCCAGGAUUCUAGAGGCCAAGAAUUCACAGUGGUGCUGCUGGAUUCAGAAGGAAUUGACGCUGCUUCCAGUGUUGGUUACGGUGAUAAUCAAAUAUUCACUUUGACGGUUCUGCUAGCUUCCAUGCUUAUUUACAACUCACAAGGUGUCCCCAUGAGGCGUGUUCUCGAAGGACUAGAGUAUCCUUUACUUAAUACCCUGCUUUAUCCUUAUUCUCUCUCAUUGCGCUUCGAGCAAUUUCUUACUUUGCUAAUUGUUUGUUCGCUUCUGCUUUUUUAAGGGGGAGACAAAAGUACUGAAAAGGGUGAAGCUCUGAUACAAGGACAUUUAAUUGUGGCUUUAUUUUAUUUCAUGAUACCUCUCUUAUUCAGAAAGAUGAAUGUAUAUUUCGAUAGGUGGUUGAGAGAGUGGCAGAUUGAGUGACGUUUAAAACGUAUCGUUUUUAUUUGAAACGGUAGUGGGAAAAUACCCAUUUACCUCAAGAAAUUAACUCUAAUGCAUAAUUUUCCUUAACACAUACUAGUUUUAUAGCAAAGCUCUCUCAAAGAAUCCAAGUUAGAUCAAACCAAGGGGUUGGUGUCAAACAAAAGGAAACAGUCAGAGUUAUUUCACCGAACGUUCCCUUACUUCCUAUGGCUCCUGAGGGAUGUAACGCAAGCUAUUCCACGUGAUUGCAAGGAUUUAAAAGACUACUCCUUAAAAAAGGUUAGACAAAAAUGCAAGACCUUUGCAUCAAGAAACGCAGUUGUUGCAAAAUGGUUGGAAACGUGUGUUAAUUACCGAUCUGAUGUAUUGUUUCCCAGGGCUCAGUUCCGCAAAACAUGGUUAAGUUUAACUCAGGGUACGCCAAGUUUUAACUGGGCAAGGCUUUAAGGUCGAGGGAAGUGUAACUGGAGCUUAUAAGAUAACGUUUAGCCUUUAUUCCGAGAUUCAGUAAGUUAAAUUUUGAUAACAUACAGUUAUAAUAUGAAUCGGGAACCUAGAGUAAAAAAGAUCGAUACGAUCAUGACAAAAUUUAAUCCUUGGUUUAUAGCGUUGAUCGAGCUUUCAGCCGUAAACGGGCUCAUAGUAAGAUUCGUGCUGUUUUCCAGGCUUUGUCAUAAAUUUAGCCCUCUGUCCCCGGUUUCCCUGUCGUCGGGUGCGGCUGUCUUAUUCAGGUUAGUUCAGUCUUUUCCCCUUUUCGUAGGUUUUUAGAGACCAAGAUUCCGCAUCAUUGUCAUCAUCUCGCCAUCAGAGUCAGCAAGUGGCGGAGAGCAUUCUGCGUUACAUUUCUGGUUUUGAAGCCUUCCACUUGCCUCCACCUACGGCUGAAGAGGACAUAAUGAGUAGUAGAGGAGGGACCGGUUACUCCUUUUCUUUGCGGGGGAAUUCCAUUAACUUUCGGGGGAAUAAAUUAACGCAGAUGAUGUCAUACUUUAAAUUAAUGCCCAUAACGUCACGCAUGCCGUUAAGAUAGGAUGAUGUCAUAGUUUAUUUUUAGCUGGCUGACGUCAUGCAUGUCAUAUAGAUAGUAUGAUGUCAUAGUUUAUUUGUAGCUGGCAAGGAGCAAGUGACGUCAGAAUUUCCUAGAGUUCACGUCAUCAAAAAAUAUCGAGAUCAUAAUCUAUAAACAGAAAAGUGAUUGUUAUAUAAUUAGCUAUUUGCUACAGUCUUCUGAUUAGAUAUUGUUUGCUAUAGUCUUCUGAUUGGAUAUUGUAGAAACUGUCAUGUGUUCAAAAUAAAAGCGGGCAAAUUUUGAAUGUGUUAUCUUUUCAGAUUAUACUAAAUUAAAAAUCUUUAAUCAUUAAAUUAUUUUAACUAAAAAUCGGUUAUAAACAAAACCAAGACACGGAGGUUAAACAUGAAAACGAGGUCGAAGCGAAGCGAAGCGAAAAACUGCCUAUCAAGCAAAAAUGUCAUUUUUUGUUUGCUUGACUCUGUAGAAAGUAUUCCACAGGGUAUGAAAAUUCUAUACAAAACAACAGGUGGUUCUAAAGUAAACUCUAACUCUUUUGGUUCUUAAAUCAACUCCACUCUUGUUCCUAAUGAGUGGAAAGUUUAUUUAUAAAGAUAGCAACAAGAGGUGCGAUCGCCUGGCAACACAUGUGUUCUUGUUUAGCGCUAAAAAUCGGAUAUAUAAACAAAACACACACACAUACAAAAAGUGGAGCUGAAAACUCUCUACUUCAAUUUUGACUCACCAUUACAAAAGUGUUUUCUCCGUUCUAUCUCGAGGAAACUCAGCGCUUGGUGAGCUCAUGGUCUUGUCAAUUCACGCGUCGUUAGCGUUAGUCAGUUAAUUAUGCCGUUUAACAAGCCAAGAGUUGAAUACCAAUUAGUUCAUCUCUACAGCUAGACCCAAAGGAGCACCUUGACUUAUUAUUGUAAAAACACAAACAAUUAAUAACUUAACAAGGAUCAAUUUAAACACGCGACAAAUAAAUUGACAAGACACGAGAUACAGUUUUAAAAACUUUAUUGAAAACCAGUGACAAAAAGAGUCAAAUACACAGCGAUUUUGAAGGGAUGGAAAUUAGACCUCCUCUUCGUUCUCCUCUUUAGAAGAUGAAUAAAAAUUGGUUUCCAACGUCUUGGCGUUUUUGUGUGUAAUUAAUCCACAAUCGUGACACCAAAGAAAGCCCUCUUUGAUGUAUUUUCUCUCCUCGGGGAUCUGGUGAUCGCAUAUAGGACAAAUCUUGUAGUUAUCGUGCCAAAAGCAUUUAGGACAUUUCAUGAUCAACGUGGAGUACACAUUAGAGUUUUCGCAACGUUCACAGGGACUUUUAGAGUGAAAGGUGGUGGACGUUUCAAGGCUACUACUUUCUGUUUCCUCACUAUCAUUUUCAGUGUCGUUGUCGCUCUCUUGGGUGCCUUCAGUUUCAACGCCAUUCUCAGAAGCCACUUCCUCCUCCUCCUCCUGAUUUUCAAUAUCCGAUGAACUCUCCUCAUUAUUACUCUCAUUAUCGGAAGUAUUUUCUACAUUUCGGUAGCGUUUUUCCUUUUCUAUUAAAUCACUUAACAAUUUUUUGUUCUUGAUUAAACCUUUAUCGAUUCCUAACUCUGCAAGUCCAUCUAGAAACGUAUUCAGUGCACGAGGCCUGGUAACCUCAUUGUUAUGAGGGAGUAACACAUACUCAACUAGCUCGGCGAUGUUUGUGACGGGAAUAGUGCGUUUAUUUGGAAGUAAUUGUCCGCUGGGAGUCCAGAAAAGAAUAUCGUUGGACGCGGCCAUACUAUGCAGCAAAUCAGAAGCACGCUUUUCCGACACUGCUCGGGAAAGAUGACUCAAAACAUCUUUUAUUCUUGGUUCUUCAUCCUCGCUUUCAUCACCAGAACUUUCGCUUUCUUCAUGUUCACUCUCGUGUUCUUCUUUAACCAAAUCUAUCUUUCUCUUCAUUUUGAUGAGUACCCGUGACAGACCGUAGCUUCAAAUGAGUAACUUAUAGUUUCGUUUCCUCUUUUAUAGCAUCAAAAAUCCUAGGCUUGUAACAGCAGGUACCAAUAGGUCUUGAAUAAAACGAUCGCGCUCUUGUACAAGGAUUCGCUUCUUUGUUUUGUAAGGGACAUUUGUUUCUGCUAGGUUUACUAGAACAUCCUUAUAUGGCAACACGUUCCGCUUAUUUUCUUCGGGGAUAAGAAUGUAUUCCUUAAGUAUAUUGUACAAGACUUGGACUAAUGCAUGUAGUUGUUGUGGACUGGCUGUCCGUAAAAGAAACUGUCGCUGAUGAGCUGGACAAACAGCUAAGAGUUGAAGAAAACCACGAUUGUUCUUGACAACUUGAGACAUUGCGACAAACUGAACGUAUGAUAGUAGUUUGCAGUCUAUUAUUGACUGCCGUGGAGUAAAACAAUGGAAAUGUGGUGGUGGUGGAGGAGGAAAACAAUAGAAUUGUGGCGGCGGUGGUGGUUGUGGAGGGAAAACAAUGGAAAUAUGUGGUAGCGGUGGUGGUGGUGGGGGGAAAACAAUAGAAUUGUGGUGGCGGUGGUGGUGGUGGUGGUGGAGGGAAAACAAUAGAAUUGUGGUGGCGGUGGUGGUGGUGGAGGGAAAACAAUAGAAAUAUUUGGUGGUGGAGGAAAAUUAUUGAAUUUUAUAGCCUUCAAAACUAUAUCAAUGCGCAUUAUGCUACCAUUUUCUCAGUCUACAUUCUGCUCCUGAGGAGUUGACAUGAGUUGGCUCUGUUCUGUCUGCGAAAAAUCAUUUAGUAGAAAGGAUAGCAUGCAAAGGCACGUGAUGUCUAAACACCGCAAUGCUGGUCUCACCUCAUUUCAAACAGUUCCAAUAUUUUCACAGAAAUGUGCGGUUUCGCUUCGAGCACCCUUUCACCUCCAUGAUUGCCGGAAUGACCGGGUCGGGAAAAACGGCCUGGGUUUGAUCGCUAUUGCAACAAGCUUCAGAGACAAUUUACCCUCCCCCGGAGAGGAUCGUUUGGUGUUAUUCACAAUGGCAGCCUGCGUAUACAGAAAUGCUAGUCGCCAUGCCUCACAUUGAAUUCGUCAAGGGAAUUCCCACGGCUUUGGAGCAGGAUUCCUAUUUUGAUGUGAACAAACGGAAUUUGAUCGUGUUUGAUGAUCAAAUGAUUGACGCCAGUAAAGACAAGCGAAUUGUGAACCUCUUUACUCGUGGUUCUCAUCAUCGCAAUCUAAGCGUGAUUUAUAUCGUGCAGAAUCUAUUUCACCAGGGGAAAGGUAGUCGCAGCAUAAGCCUAAACAGCCAUUAUUUGGUGUUAUUCAAGAACCCACGAGACAAAUUGCAAAUCUUGACUCUUGCCAAGCAAAUGUAUCCCGGGCAAACUGAUUUCUUUUUAAAUCAGUACGAGGAGGCUGUAAAAAGACCUUUUGGUUAUCUGCUGAUUGAUCUGAAAACUACUACCCAAGAUAAUUGUCGACUGCGAACAAACGUCCUGCCCAGUGAAGAAGGUUUUAACCAAGCAGGCUUUCAAGAAAAUAUUCCUCGAGAGCUUUUAAAAUAUCUAAAGCAGCAAAAUCUUUCACCUGUCCCACUUCUUCCAGCUAUGCAAGAAAUACAGGGCAACAUGGAUGACUUGCUUUCUCGAAACGAUCUUCGGGACGAUGAAAAAGUUAAGAGAUACUGUCAGUUGCAAAACAGAUACCUGGCUUUUAAAGAACAAUUAAAUACAAGAACCCGACCGGAAGAAAGCACUGUUCCAGACUUAACAUCAAGCACACAAGAUUCUUCGACAGCAACGGCAGCAUUCUCCACUCCCAUUGACCCCUUCAACGUAACACCUAAAUUAACACAAGCGGCUAUCUUACAAAAACCUGACAAAGAAAGCCUCACCCCUCCACCACCCUUAAAUCCUGCUCUCCUGAACCCUCCUCCCACAGUAGAAACCCCAUCACCACAAGGCCCGAAGCGCAAGAGGCGUCGGAUUCAAUUUCUAAAUUAUUUGGAUGAUCAUAAAUCUCAUGGCAAACAGCUGAAGAAACGUCGGCAUAAGAAAUUCAAACCUUACAAGUACUCCAUGGGAGAAGAAGAUGUAGAUUAAUUAAUUUCCAUUCCUUCCAAAUCGCUGUGUAUUUGACUCUUUUGUCACUGGCACUAUAACUACAAGAUUUGUCCUAUAUGCGAUCACCAGAUCCCCGAGGAGAGAAAAUACAUCAAAGAGGGCUUUCUUCGGUGUCACGAUUGUGGAUUAAUUACACACAAAAACGCCAAGACGUUGGAAACCAAUUUUUAUUCAUCUUCUAAAGAGGAGAACGAAGAGGAGGUCUAAUUUCCAUCCCUUCAAAAUCGCUGUGUAUUUGACUCUUUUUGUCACUGGUUUUCAAUAAAGUUUUUAAAACUGUAUCUCGUGUCUUGUCAAUUUAUUUGUCGCGUGUUUAAAUUGAUCCUUGUUAAGUUAUUAAUUGUUUGUGUUUUUACAAUAAUAAGUCAAGGUGCUCCUUUGGGUCUAGCUGUAGAGAUGAACUAAUUUGUAUUCAACUCUUGGCUUGUUAAACGGCAUAAUUAACUGACUAACGCUAACGGCGCGUGAAUUGACCAGACCAUGAGCUCACCAAGCGCUGAGUUUCCUCGAGAUAGAACGGAGAAAACACUUUUGUAAUGUUGAGUCAAAAUUGAAGUAGAGAGUUUUCAGCUCCACUUUUUGUAUGUGUGUGUGUUUUGUUUAUAUAUCCGAUUUUUAGCGCUAAACAAGAACACAUGUGUUGCCAGGCGAUCGCACCUCUUGUUGCUAUCUUUAUAAAUAAACUUUCCACUCAUUAGGAACAAGAGUGGAGUUGAUUUAAGAACCAAAAGAGUUAGAGUUUACUUUAGAACCACCUGUUGUUUUGUAUAGAAUUUUCAUACCCUGUGGAAUACUUUCUACAGAGUCAAGCAAACAAAAAAUGACAUUUUUGCUUGAUAGGCAGUUUUUCGCUUCGCUGAGAUUCGACCUCGUUUUCAUGUUUUGCCUGAAAAAUUAGUACGAUUUCGCAUUCGCUUAACCUCCUUUUCCCUUCUUUUGAAGUAAAGAUUCUUCAGUUAACCUCCGUGUCUUGGUUUUGUUUAUAACCGAGUUUUAGUUAAAAUAUUGAUGUUUUAGUUUUAGUUAAAAUAAUUUAAUGAUUAAAGAUUUUUAAUUUAGUAUAAUCUGAAAAGAUAACACAUUCAAAAUUUGCCCGCUUUUAUUUUGAACACAUGACAGUUUCUACAAUAUCCAAUCAGAAGACUAUAGCAAACAAUAUCUAAUCAGAAGACUGUAGCAAAUAGCUAAUUAUAUAAAAAUCACUUUUCUGUUUAUAGAUUAUGAUCUCGAUAUUUUUUGAUGACGUGAACUCUAGGAAAUUCUGACGUCACUUGCUCCUUGCCAGCUACAAAUAAACUAUGACAUCAUACUAUCUAUAUGACAUGCAUGACGUCAGCCAGCUAAAAAUAAACUAUGACAUCAUCCUAUCUUAACGGCAUGCGUGACGUCAUGGGCAUUAUUUAAAGUAUGACAUCAUCCUAUCUUAAUGAGAUGCAUGACGUCAUCUGCGUUAAUUUAUUCCCCCGAAAGUUAAUGGAAUUCCCCCGCAAAGAAAAGGAGUAACCGGUCCCUCCUCUACUACUAUAAUGAGAACCCUUAACGAAAAUAGGAGUCAAGUACGACCUCAAUUCUUUACUAAACUGGAGGAAUUUAAGAUCCUGCUUAAGUCUACUCUGCUUCCAAAACACGGCUGCUUUGAUGGACAGCUGGUGACUGGAGAAGGUAGCAAGUCUUUAUACCCUUUCAGUAUAGACUGAAAGAUCAACAAAUAGAGUUCUAAAAGCAUAGUGGUUAUAUCAGUGGGAAUGGAAACUACCCAAAAAGUGUUUCUGGUCUUUAAUGUAAACUAAUAACAAUGCGUUGUUCUGACGUUUCAUACCCUGAUGGGCUACUUUUUCAUUGGAUCUUUUUCCUAUAUAAAGGAGAGUUUAUUGUCAACUAAUUGGACAAUCAAAUACAAAUUACAAAGAAUGUCCAUCCGCCACUUAAAAAAUACCAUAAUAAUCUUUUUGUAAACCCCCCCUCCCCCGCCUCCGAAGUUUUGCAUAACCAUUGUUUUCAGUUUCUCUUGGGGCGAUUCUAAGUCCUACAAGAAACUGAAAACAAUGGUUAUGGAAAGCUUUGGGUUGUUACACAAAAAUAUUGUUAUGGUAUAUUUUUCUUAAGUGGCGAAUAAAAAUAAUUUCAAUAAAUAAUACAUAGCGAAUACAAAGAAAACUUGUAUGCUUGACAUGUUUCGAGUACGUUAGUAUCCAUCGUUAGAAUAUGAUUGCUCUAAACUGCAGUAGUUUGAGUUUAUUUUUGAUCAGGGUAUUUUAGGCUAUGCAUGUAUACACUGUACCGGAUAUUGGUCUUGAUGGGUAAUUUCGGAGCGGUUACUUUGUAUCGGAGCAAAAGCUGCAACCACGUUGAUCUUAAAGAAGUCCUUAGAACUAGAUCAACACAUAUCGGACAGGUUUCUGUACCAGUCCGUUUGUGGCAAUGUGAAAAGGUGUGCAUGUGCAUGUGCAUACCAGCGGCCGAAGUAUUUUCCAUAUCGACAUGAUAACAUACACAAUAAGCUAUCCGCUGUAGCGUAGAAUACCCUUUAUAGUGCGUUAUGUUCAAAUUGUGAUUUGUGCGUGUACUGCUGCAUUUUCCUCAUCACGAAAGAUUUGAAAUUGUGGUCAGUUGUUUUCCUGUAAUCGUUUUAUCUAAGUAGAAAAUAACAGAACAUAGAAAAAGAUUAACUGAAGAAAGAAACUUCACUAAAUAAUAAUAGGACUUGCUGCUUUGACCACUCUGUACGUGGAAGCCAUUAACACUCCUGGUUCUGUUUUUUACGUUCCAAACGUGCAGUCCGCAUGGGAGACGUUCGUGGAAACAAAAUGCAUCGACGCCAGAAAUGGAGCUCUGGAUAUUUACAACACUCGUAUGCGGGAGGUUUUGUCCAGUAAGCUCCCGUGCGACAAUGAUGAAAUUCGCAAGGUACAUAGCGAUUCGCUAGAAGAGUGUCAACGACAGUUUAUGGCCGAAACCACUGGCAUAUCCACAAUAACAACUGAAAAGUAUUUACGGUUGCUAAAGGUAAGGUUUUAAUGUACUUUUUGAUAUCUUUAAGGAAUGCGACUGGAUGGAAGAAAUGAAAAUAUCAUGAUGAUUAUAAUGAUAUUGACAAUAAUAACGAUGAUGUUAAAAAUGUUUGUAAUGAUGAUGAUAAUGAUGAUGAUCAGAGUGAUAAUAAUGAUGAUGACGAUGACGACGUGAUGAUGAUUAGUGAAUAGAGUUGCUUAAUAGUAAGUCUGCUAAGAUGCUUGUUCCAGUUACUAGAUAAGAGCAAUAACAUCAGGCCUACAUAAUGUACUUAUCUGGGUUGAAUUUCAUCUAGAAUGUUGCAAUGUACCCUUAUAUUUUCCUGCCUUCCAGAGGGUAGUUGUUUUUGUUAAUGUUCUGCUUAUAAUUUCGUAUGAUUUUUCCUUCCUUUUUAAUGCAUUCCUUUAUUCAGCAAUCGUUGAUCCAGACGUUGACUGAAUGGCAGACUGAGAAUACCCGGUUGACCAAAGAACUCUAA